GACCUUCACAACGCCAUUUGUAAUCUUUAAAAGCUCACGCCCAGAGAAGCCUUGUUGUCAAGGUUAAACAGAUGAAAAAUGGCAAGUGGAGGAGCUGUAGAUCAAAAUGUUGAUGAAUCUUCAGACAGUAUACACGACUUCCCAUGUAAACCUUGCUCUGAUGAUGGUAAAAAUAUUGAAGGAGUAAACUUCUGUGCAGAAUGUCAGACCUAUUUCUGUCAGGCAUGUAUUGUUCACCACAACAAAUGUUUCAAAACACACACCCUCUACAACAAAUCGGGCAUAAAGUCAGGCAAGAUCCAGUACCAACAACAACCAGCAGGACUGGCAUGUGAUAAACACCCAGGAUAUCCCAUCCAGAUGUACUGCGGAGAACACGAUGAUGUCUGCUGUGCUGUGUGUAUAGCUGUUGACCACAGAUUGUGUAAUAGCGCAGACUUCAUACCAAAAUUGGCGAAGGAAAUUUUAAAUGGACGAGACAGAAAAGAUGUAAAGAUAUCUCUCGAAGAAAUGAAAGAAAAACUCCACGCUGUAAAGUCUUCUAAACUAGAACAGAUAAAUGAAGUCAGGAAAGAAAAAGAAGACCUCCUCAUUGAAAUUGGGAAAAUGAAGGAGCGCAUCAUUGCCAGAAUAGAAGAGAUAGAACAAACUUCAGUCAAGCAGGUACAAGACAAACACAAAGGAAUUGUUGACAAAAUAAAAACUGACAUAGACGCUAUAGAUGCUAAGCUUAGAGCUGUUGAUGACAAUAUUAGAAAGAUUAAUGAGUUCAAGGGAAACAAUGAGGCUAAGCUGUUUAUUGUUCUCAGCAAAGCACAUGAGGUAGAAUCUGGCUGUGGUAAAUAUUUAGAAAACUACGGAGAGGUUGAGUAUGGCAAGAUUGCAUUUGAGUUCAGUCAAGGUAUUGAAUCGGCUAUCAGAAGUGUAGAAUCAUUUGGUAUUACAGAGGGUUGUGAUUUUGCUCAGUCUUACAUUGAUUCUGUUGUUUCUGCAGCAUCACUGGUUGGUGAGUUUGGUGUCACAGAUUGUGCUUCGUGUUCGAUUAUCGAUUGUUGCUUACUAGAAAAUGGUCAAACCAUCCUUGCUGACGUGAAUAAUAAUUGCCUCAGACGAUUUGACAAGGAAUAUAACGUGUGCGACUGGCGUGCUAUAUCCAAUCUGAAAAGCUUGUGCAGAGUUGGUCCAAAUGAACUAGCCAUUAUAGAUGGUGACGCUGUUCGUUUUAUUCAUGUUGGUAGGUCAAUGAUGCUUACAAAUUCAUUUACAAUUUCCAGUGAAUCAAAUGAGAUGAAGAGUUUAUAUCCUACAGGGUCUUGCUCUAAAAGUUUCUCACUGUCUCGUAUUGCAUUCAGUGAUGAGAAACUUUACAUUGUAGCCUUUGUUAGGUACUGUCUGAGUAAAUGGAUAUAUGGAGUUGUAGUACUUGUAUAUAACAUAGAUGGCUCUCUUAUUCGAAUUAUCUCAACUGAUCUCAAGCAAGAUAUAAAUGCUUUUUCAAUGAGUUUAGAUAGUUCUCAGAUGUUCUUUGCCACUCCUAAAAGGGGUAUAAUAACUCUAGAUAGUAAUGGUAAAAUAUUAUCAGAGUUCUCUGAAAAGAGGUUAAACAAUGUUUCUUGUGUAACUGAAGGAGACAGAGGGCAACUGUUUGUGUGUGAUAACGGCUCUGAGACUAUAUUUCUGUUAGAUCUUGACAGUAAAACGUUUGAAGAACUGCUGGGUACAAUAGAUGGGAUAAGUUCUCCUUUAUCAGUCACUUACAUCCAAAAGCAAAAGAGGCUUAUAGUUACCGGUAAUACUAAAGUAAUGAAAGUGUUUCAGUUGACCUAAACAAAAUCUAAAUUGUCGGGUAUGAAACGUCAGGCAAUAAAAGAGAGCACAAUAUUUGAUCAACACACUGAUCAAACUUGAUCUAGGUCUUCUGUAUAUGAUUUUUUGUGCCUGUGUUGUUUAAAUUGCUGAAUAACAUUCGUUGUAUAUAUUAGUGAUUUAGCUUAUGUCAUUUAGUUAGUUUCAUACUUGUGUUUUUAGCUCACCUGAGUACUACGUGCUCGGGGUGAGCUAUUGUGAUCUCUCACCAUCCGGCAGCCAUCCGUCUGUCCAAACUUUUCUUAGGUAACAUCUCCUGUGAAACUGCUGGUCAGAAUUGCCUCAUACUUUGUCAGUAGCAUCCUGGUAUGGUCCUCUAUCAAGUUUAUUUUAGCUCACCUGUCACGUAGUGACAGGGUGAGCUUUUGUGAUCGUCCGUCGUCCGUCCACAAUUUGUCUGCACGAUAGUGGUUUCAUUUAUGAUUUUUUUAACCAAACUUGCAUACAACAUGUAUCACCGUAAGAUCUUGGUACCUUUCUUGAAUUGGCCAGAUUCCAUUGUAGGUUCCAGAGUUAUGGCCCCUGAAAGGGCCAAAAUUAGCUAUUUUGACCUUGUCUACACAAUAGCAGCUUUAUUUAUGAUUUGAUUUUUACCAAACUUGCACACAACUUGUAUCACCAUAAGAUCUUGGUUCCUUUCUUGAACCGGCCAGAUCCCAUUAUGGGUUCCAGAGUUAUGGUCCCUGAAAGGGCCACAAUUAGCUAUUUUGACCUUGUCUGCACAAUAGCAGCUUCAUUUAUGAUUUGAAUUUAAUCAAACUUGCACAAAACUUGUGCCACCAUAAGAUCUUGGUUCCUUUCUUGAACCGGCCAGAUCCCAUAAUGGGUUUCAGAGUUAAGGGCCCUGAGAGGGCCAAAAUCAGCUCUUUUGACCUUGUCUGCGCAAAAGCAGCUUCAUUUAUGAUUUGAUUUUAACCAAACUUGCACACAACUUGUAUCACCACAAGAUCUUGAUUUGGCCUGAUUCCUUUAUGGGUUCCAGAGGUAUGGCCCCUGAUAGGGCCAAAAUUAGUUAUUUUGACCUUGUCUGCACAAUAGCAGCUUCAUUUAUGAUUUGAAUUUAAUCAAACUUGCACAAAAACUUGUGUCACCAUAAGAUCUUGGUUCCUUUCUUGAACUGGCCAGAUCCCAUGAUGGGUUCCAGAGUUAUGGCCCCUGAAAAGGCCAAAAUUAGCUAUUUUGACUUUGCACAAUAGCAGCUUCAUUUAUGAUUUGGUUUUAACCAAACUUGCACACAACUUGUUUCACCAUAAGAUCUUGAUUCCUUUUUAUACGCCCUAAGAGACAUAUUAUGUUAUCACCUUGGUGUCCGUCCGUCUGUCUGUCUAUCUGUUGGUUAGCAAUUUCCCUUCCACUCUGUAACUCUUGAACCCCUUGAAGGAUUUCAAAGAAACCUGACACAAAUGUUCACCUCAUCGAAAGGAUGUGCAGAGUGCAUGUUUCGGAUGGCUCACUUCAAGGUCAAGGUCACACUUAGGGGUCAAAGUUCAUAUGACUUUGUUUUUUUGUGUAUAUUGCUCUGCAUUUGCGUUGCAUUACAGUGCUCUUGUUUUUAUUUGGCAGAUCUUUCUUUUGUUCACUUACAAUAAUUUAUUUUAAUUACUUACCUUUUAUAUUACUAUAAAUAGCUUACUUAGUAACUUUUUUGUUAUUGGCCGUAGGGAAAAACCGAGACCACUUUCCUGUGGUACAACAUGGAUGGUACCUCCAAUUUAUAGGUGUAUUUUGACAUAUCUGUACCUUUAAGAAAAUUUCAACUAUAUUUUCUCAUGAUUCUUUUGAUUAAACUUGAUUAUGAUUUUUUCGGCGAACGCCGUCUAAAUUCGUUUUCGUUACCUAUGCCACGUGACUUCAGUUUGCAAAUCAAACUACUUGAUAACGCAUUAUAGAUAAUUUAUCAAAAUGGAAGAUUUAUGCAACACUCUGCCUGAUUGGACGAGAGUGUCAAUUUCUUUCACUCUGUUGAUUGUGCUACGCUGAGUGAAAUGUAGACAAAGCGUUUAUCCUAAACGACGCUGUUCACAGUUUUAAAGCUAACUUUGGCUCAGUAUUUUCAGCAAGAAUAUUGAUAUAUCUCAAAAUGAUAAGUAAGUUUAAUAAAUAUGAUAAAAACCUGUUCAAAUACCAACAUAUAUCAAAUUAAAGAAAGAGCUGAAUACGGUCUGCGUAUCACAUGAAUAAGGGUGUGAUAAGAGUCUUUUAUGUAGAGAAGUGCUUUUUAAAAGAUUUUCCUUGUUACAAUUGUCGUCUGUAUAUGAAAAGGUUUCUUGCUUUUGUGACUUAUUCAGAUUGCAUAUUAAAAUGAGUACUUGUUUGCUUUGAUAUAUUUGUUAUAAAUUAUUUAACUGAUUUAUUAUAUAUGAAUAUUUUUCUUUAGUAUGGUAUGCAAAUAUUGAACUCAGUUGAAAUCUGUUUUAUUAUAUAUAUGCUAUAUAAUGACUGAAUCUCAUUACACUGAAAUGAAGGUACGCUGCAUACAGUUUAUCUAUGUGAUAUGACUUCGGUCAAGCUUUGCUUAUGAAACAGAAAUAUUGAAAUAAUUACAAUUGUAUGUUUUGCUUGACCUUCACUUUUUUAUAGGUGUGACGUCAUUGUCCAAAGAUUCAUGAAUAGCGAAUAUGCAUUUGUUAAAGCGGGAUCAGUUGGCCUAUUUUAGAAAUAAAUAAAAAUAAUAAACAAAAAAAUCCUUUAAUUGAUUUUUUUCUCAUGUAUUCUAAUCAAACUUGAUUUGUAGCAUCUUUAUUAGGCCCGCAGCCAACUUUGUUCAGCUGGGACAUUUGACCCCUUUUAGGGGCUGCUAGAGCUAAAACUAGAAAUGCCUUUAUACAACGUCUCAUGAACAGCUUGGUGGAUCUUUGUCAUACUUGGUCUGGAGCAUCAUUAUAAUGUCCUCUUCCAAAUUUAUUUAUAUAGGAACUUGGGCCCUAUUAGGGACCACUAUAGCUAAAAGUAGAUAUGCCUUUCUUCGCAUUAACCACUAAAAUGUAAUGGAUUUUUAUCAAACUGGAUGUGUAACAAUAUCGUAAGGUCUCCUGCUAUUUUGUUACAAAUGGGGAUAGGGACCAAUUUAGCUAAAAAUAUAAACACGUUUAAUGACCUCUUCUCAUGAACCGCUUCAUGAAUCUUCAUCAAACUACUGCUGUAAUUAUUCGUCUAAGGUUAAACGAAACA